CACAUACAGGAAGUGGAGGAGUUUGACGUUAACGAGAGGAAAAUGUGGCGCACGAAGUUUGCAGCUGUGGACGAGAAGCUAUGAAAUCUGAGCGGAUCGCCAUUGAUUUCUCUCAGGAUCAAAGUUGUAGAACUACACUGUAGGACACAAUGUCCUUAUCAGGAGUCACUCUUCAGAUUUUGCUUCUUACAGUCAUGGUUUUCACUGUGUCAGGGGUCCAGAAGCUGACCAUCACCCCUGACAGAGGAACCAACUUCAACAUCAGAAGCAGCAGUCAGCCCAAAGGUUGCAACGUGUGCACCGGAGCAGGACGCUCACGACGAUGUAAUACAUCCCUUCUGCUAAGAGACAACACUCCUGUCUCACUGGAGUUUGAAUGCUCCAGACCUCAGGAUGUAUUCAGUGUGGAAAUUGUGCGAAAUAUAGAAUGUACCACAAAGUCAUGCAACAGCCACAUCAUCCAGGCUGACUCGGGCUCGCUUCCGUUACUGGAUUUUGACCGCAAGUUCACCUGGAACCUGAAGGCCUCGGCGCCGAAAGCAUUCAACAUAGACUUCAGCAAUACGGGUCUAAGACAGAUUAAUCCAUCUGAGAGAUGUCCAGACAGACACAGCUACACCCUCCAGGCCUUCCAGACUACGGGGAAUGUGGCCGUAGGGAAAUACUGCAGAACGGGAACUAUCCGUAGUGCCCAGAUACUGAAUCAAGGUAGCUUUUCUGUGGAUGUCCCAGCUGGACAGAAACUCCAAAGUGGCCAGUUUGACGUGUCUGUUGGGGAGGAAAUCAAAUCCCUUGCCAAAAUUACACUGACGUUACCAAAAGGGGCCUCAUCGUCGGAGUUGCUCUCUCCAAACUACCCGGAUAGUUUUCCUGACGACGGCGUGAUGGAGUGGUACUUUCAGGUGCCGGAGAAGCACAAGACAGCUGUUCAGCUCUUACAGCUCAUACAGCCGCGAUGUCUGAAGAAGGACACCGCAGUGGAGUACCAAAGCAAAGGGAGAGUGGCGUCGGUGCUGAGGCUGACAGACCGCCAGCCGGAGCAGAGUCAGGGAAACUUCUCCCUGAUGCUGAGGAACUGUGAGAUGGACAGAAGACGUGCUGCUUCCCCUGGACUGUCCCUGACCCUUAAGGUGUCUUCAAGUGAAAGUUCACCAGUGUUGUGUAAAGUGGAUGUGAGCAAAAUGGAGGGCCUUUCUCUUCACAUCGAGAAGCUGAGACCGGCCUCUUACUGCGAGAUGAAAAUAAACUCCGUGCUGAAAGAGAAGAUUACAGUCACAUCACACAGUGACCUGACGUUCCAGGACUGCCUUCCUGAAGACGUACAAGUCACCGCCGUGGGAGUGAUGGAGUGUAGUCAACUCAAAGAGUGCCCGAAGACUCCGGCCCGUCUGUCGUUGCCUCUGCUGCCGACCUGCCUCCCUGCCAAUCUGAGCAGUGUGACCUGGGCUCUCCGCCCUCCUCAGCACGGCACCGUGGAGCUGACCUCUCCCACUGGGCCCCUCAAGCAGUCCGUACCGGGGCAGCCGUGCAAUGACAGCAUCAUUAUCAAAGUGACUGAAGACGGUGGCACUACUGUUGGACACUUCUGCACUCAGGGAUCAAUACAGAUGGUCCAAAUCCACACCAAUGUGUCUGUCACUGUGUCCGGCAUAGGGGGUGAAGCACUGAGGACGUCUGGCAAGGACGUGCUGAAUGCCAGGUUGAAAGAGGAGAUAUCAGAAAGUUACAUAUUCACCGUGUCUCCAAAGAGAGACACUCCUGUCCUUUUGGCUACUCCCGGUUGGCCAGUAGGAAUGAGGUCGGACUCCACCGUCUCCUGGAUCGUCUCUGUUCCGGAGAGGAUGGACGCUCACCUGGUGUUUACCAACCUCCGGCAGCCCAAGUGCAGCAGCAGCCACACCGAUAUCAGGGUGCAGAGAGUCGGCCGCCGGGAGGAGGACUACAGCCGCAGGGAGGAUGAAGAGGCCGAGAGUGAGAUCACCGUCUCCGAUAGCUUCUACCUCAACAUGUCCAACUGCAUGCCUGAACGAGGGGAGUUCAGCGUCAUCACAGAGAUCACCCUGCAGAAGAGCAAGAACUUUCUGCUGACUAUCAUCCUGAGUGCGGUGGCUGCUCUGGUGGUCAUUUUUGUCAUCGUGCUGGCAGUGGUCUGUGUGGUGAUUAGGAAGAAGAAGAAGGAGCUGACCCAUCAAGUGUCCAUAUACAAUCCAAACGGCUCCGGCUUCCUGCCAGGACACAACGGCUUCCCAAAAACAUGCGAGGACAAUGAGUCCCAUGUGUACGCUUCCAUUGAGGACACGCUGGUCUACACACACCUGCUGAGAAAGGGGGUAGAGAUCGGCAUCUACGGAGAGUUAGACACAUCCCGGCCUUUCACAGGGCACACAGACUCACAAAAGCCACUGAUCUCUGAAGAUGCAGGUGUGGCCGACGUGCAAGCUCCUCCGCUUCCCGAAAGGCCUCCGAGCCACGGCCAACAGCUGAUGGACAAUGAGAUUUACCAGACUGAGGACCAACAUGGAGAGGAACGUUGUCUGGAUCUGGGGCUGCGGCUGGAGCCAGAGGGAGGGAACUGAGCACCAAUGUGGAUUCAGCUUUCUGCUUUUCUUUUGACCUACUGAUGUUCAUCCUUCCCAGAAGCCUUUGUUUUUUCUCUUGAGUGUUGUUUUGCACCGAAGCCAGGUACACAAGAUAACCCUCUUUUAACCUGCCUGCAGCUGUUACCUUGUUUAAUCUCAGAUGAAGAAAGGCACAUUUGGAAAGCAGCUCAUAAUAAUCCUCUUUAUACCAACGUUUUGCUGCUACAAAGAGAUCUCGUGUUGCUUGUAGGCAAUUCAUAUUUUUCAUUUGAGACAUUUUGUACAUAUUAAGGCCGUUUACACAGGAGCAAACCUGCUGUUUACAUGCUGAGAUUUCCAUGUUUUAUCGGUAGACCGGUGAGCAGAGAGGACUCCACUGCUGUUCCAAUAUAAAGCACUUUUAUAGCAUCAUCAAAACAUGAUUGCGUGUAUUGCAGGAGAUUGCAGCAGCAUUGUAUGUGCAUCCAGUAUCAUCUUUCUGUUUUUUAUGAUCGCUAUAGCACCUGCUGUGAGGAAUUCUACAUACAGCAUCAUUACACCAUAACUGUGCCU